UUCACCCGUUUUCUGACUUCCGAGAAAAGGGAAAACUAGAAAACUGGAAACCUGCCACUGCCGAUAUGGAAGCCGAAGCCCUUCAAUCCAACGUGAAAUGACCAAAAAGACCCUUCACUUCCCUGCCGCCGCAGCCGCUGAUCACAAAGCAAAGCCCUAAAACCCUAAAGUUAAACCCUUGAUUUACAGCAAUUUGGGCUUCGGGUAUCCAUUGAAUCUGCAAUUCCUGAAGAAUUGUCGUUCUUCAUUCCCAUAUUUAUCUCCAUAGAGUUGCAGUGGGUGGGAAAAAUGGCGUCUGAUGCGCAAAGGCAGCACGAGCAGCAGCAAGAACCAAACCCUACGAUGCAGAUAUACUCCACAACCAGUAACAUGGUCUCACCAUUCUGGAGGGAGAAGUAUGAACGAGAAGCCAAGAAAUAUUGGGACAUCUUCUUCAAGCGCCACCAAGACAAGUUUUUCAAGGACCGGCAUUACCUGGACAAGGAGUGGGGCCGCUAUUUCUCUGGAUCUGGGAAAAGGGUCGUCCUGGAGGUUGGUUGUGGAGCUGGGAACACUAUAUUUCCAUUGGUUGCUACUUAUCCUGAUAUUUUUGUUCACGCGUGUGAUUUCUCGCCCCGCGCAGUUAACUUGGUUAAGUUGCAUAAAGACUUCACGGACUCCCGCAUCAGUGCAUUUGUUUGUGAUUUAACCGCUGAUGACCUCAUCGAACAUGUUCCUCCAUCUUCAGUUGACAUUGUGACAAUGAUAUUUGUCUUAUCUGCAGUAAGCCCAGAGAAGAUGCCUUUUGUAUUGCAGAAUAUCAGGAAAGUUCUGAAGCCAAAUGGUCAUGUGCUGUUUCGUGAUUAUGCAACUGGUGAUUUAGCCCAGGAAAGAUUUUCUAUUAAGGAUCAAAUGAUCAGUGAAAAUUUUUAUGUUCGGGGCGAUGGUACUCGUGCCUUCUACUUCUCUAACGAUUUCUUAGCAGAUUUGUUUAAAGACAAUUGGUUUGAUGUGGAAGAGCUUGGCUUAUGUUGCAAGCAAGUUGAGAAUCGGUCCAGGGAGUUGGUUAUGAAUCGGCGAUGGGUGCAAGCUGUAUUUCGUUUAUUGGACUUUGGACAUCCUACUGGUACAGAUGCUGGUAAUGAAGUAGAACCCUGCAUUCAAGAAAAUAAUGGACUUAACUCUGAGAAUACUAUGAGAGUUCCUGUAGAUGAUUCCGAGAUUGACAUGUCCGAGGGUAUUGCAUUCAGCAUGUUUGGCGUCCCUCCUACAGAUAAUGAGAUUAUUGAUGUCAAUCUCAAAGAUGACAGUUUCAAGAUAAGAGUUCUGUCCAAGGAGUACCAGCACACAUGUAAAUCAACUGGUUUGAUGCUCUGGGAAUCUGCUUAUUUAAUGGCCUCUAUUCUGUCUCGAAACCUUAAUAUAGUCUCGGGAAAGCGGGUCUUGGAGCUUGGGUGCGGUUGUGGAGGCAUAUGCUCAAUGGUGGCAGCGCGAUCAGCUGACCUCGUCAUUGCCUCAGAUGGAGAUCCUAAAGCACUUGACCUCUUGACUGACAAUAUCUCGUCCAACUUAAGACCACCUCUUGUUAACAAACUGAGCACAAAGAGGCUUGAGUGGGGAAAUAUGGAACAUAUUGAGGCCAUCAAAGCUGAAAACCAGAAGGGCUUUGAAGUCAUCAUAGGCACUGAUGUCACAUACGUUCCCGAAGCAAUUUUGCCACUCUUUGCAACGGCAAAGGAGUUGAUCGCUACAAACUGUGUCCUUGGAGAAAAUGAAGCCUCUGCAUUGAUUCUCUGCCAUGUCUUUCGCCGAGUUGAUGAGCCGUCUAUUGUUUCAGCUGCAUCCAGAUAUGGGUUUAGAUUAGUCGAUAGAUGGCCUUCAGGAAUUUCGGGCGAUUCAAGCGAAAGCAUCAUCUGGUCUUGGUUUCCCAAGGACGGGAAUGAGGUAUGUAACUUUAGUACAGCUUUAAACAUCAUGUAUUUUCAGGUGGAGUGAUACAGUUUCUAGACAUUGCUGAAUUAUUUAUGCUAAGGAUAGGCGGUUUUGAUUAGAUAUACCAGGAGCGUACAAACAUUUCGCAGAGAAAACUGUAUUGUGUAAAACCAAUUCUUUUAGCGGUUUGGACUUGUUUCACAUGUUCCUACUUUUGUU